UGCAUGCUUAGGACGCUUGUUUUCUUCUUCUCAGCGACUUGCUUUUUUCAUCAACAAAAGGCAUUUUUCCAUCUUCAGUUUGCAAAAUGAAACAAAACUCAAAUGUACCAGCCUUUCUCACAAAGCUUUGGACUCUUGUGGAGGAUUCUGACACCAAUGAAUUUAUUUGUUGGAGUCAGGAGGGUAACAGUUUCCUUGUCAUGGAUGAACAGCGAUUUGCCAAGGAGAUCCUUCCCAAGUUCUUCAAGCACAACAACAUGGCCAGCUUUGUCAGACAGCUGAAUAUGUAUGGAUUUCGCAAAGUGAUGCACAUCGACACAGGCAUAGUAAAGCAAGAGCGGGAUGGACCAGUUGAAUUUCAGCAUCAUUACUUUAAACAUGGUCAGGAUGACUUGCUGGAAAACAUAAAAAGAAAGGUUUCCAAUGCAAGACCAGAUGAUACCAUGAUCAGACAGGAAGACCUGUCCAAUAUUUUGGCCAGUUUCCAGAAUGUUCACGGAAAACAAGAAAGCAUUGAUUCUAGACUCAACACACUGAAAAGAGAUAAUGAAGGUCUAUGGAGGGAAAUAUCAGACCUGAGACAGAAGCACUCCCAACAGCAGCAAAUCAUUAAGAAGUUGAUAGAAUUCAUCGUCACAUUGGUACAGAAGAACCGAAUGAGUUUAAAACGCAAGAGGCCUAUUCUACUGAACAGCAAUGGAAAGAAGCCUAAAUACAUCCAUGAAAUCUACGAUGAACCUCCUCUGGACCACAACAAACCCUCUGUCAGUGGUUUGAAGAGCACUGAUCUUACUGACGAUGUCAUCAUCUGUGAUGUAACUGACGAUGACACAGAGAUCAUAGAGGGCCCCUCAAGAGUAUUGGAUCAAUCGGAUGUAGAAAUAGUUGAGGUCUUCAACAGCAAUACUGUGUCACAGACAGACAGCGUUGACAAUAUAGGACAGACCAACUCUUUGGUAAUCGAACCAGAAGAGACCACCAUAAGCACAUAUGAUAGCCUUCCCACAAGCAGCACCUUGCAGCUCAACAAACCGUCAGGCUUGAGCCUAGAGGAUCCCAUGAAGAUGAUGGACUCAAUCCUCAAUGAGAGUGGAGCUAUUUCUCAGAAUAUCAACCUCCUCGGCAAGGUUGAGCUGAUGGACUACUUGGACAGCAUUGACUGCAGUUUGGAAGACUUUCAGGCUAUGUUGUACGGGAAGCAGUUCAGCAUUGAUCCAGAUAUUUUAGAGGGGAGUGGUGGUGGUGGUUCCAAAGAAAAUGCAGGGCUGCUAUCCAAAGGAGGCAAGUCUGGUUUCUCUGCAGACAACCAGCUGGUCCAGUACACAUCCUGCCCUCUGCUGGCCUUCCUGGAUGGCUGCACCCCUUUGGCCACAGAGGGAGACAGCCUGCUGCAGCACAGCACUGAGGUGCCCACAGACCUCCUGGAGCCAGACGAGGAGCCUCCACGGAGCUCUCUGAUCCGCCUGGAGCCCCUGACUGAGGCAGAGGCCAGCGAGGCAACGCUCUUCUACCUGUGUGAACUCAACCCAGAGGGUGACACUACUGACUCGACACAGCUGGAGAUUUAACAAGGCAUACAAGGAGCAGAAAAAGGAUUGGACCUUUUGUAGAUACUCGUCAAAAUGAUCUAUUUAUUUCCCUGUAUCUUUUUGGUACAUUCCUGUCCAUAGGCCAGAAGUAAGAUAUUCCGUCAUUUAGUAUUGUUUCUUCACUAUUUCCACUAACGGCUGUACGUAAACCCUGAUAAAGAUGAGGCUGCAAUUAUGUUGUUGGUUUAGGUUUCAGCAUUUCUUGUGAAAAGGGGAAUGUUUCACUAUGUAGUAUUGAUUUCUGUAUUGAUAUGUUUUAAGGAUCACAUCAAUCUUUAAUGAACAAAAAACAGAAGUGCCUGCAUCAUAUUUCCUUGUCUUAGUAAAACCUACAGUUCAUCAUUUCAA